AAAUCCCAGCACCAGCAGAACGGCAAUUCGACAAUCAAGGGCCGCCUGUCGAGGACAUUGCGAUUUCGGCCUCACCUGGAUCAUGAGUGAUAGGGUUGGGUAAUUGCUGUGCGUCAGAGCGGACUGUCUACCCAGAAGUGAAUCUUCUUGACUUGCAGAUCGACCAGGCCGUUCGUUACAUUAGGUGGAAAUUUUUAGAGCUUGUGUUGACUGACUCACGGUCCCAUGGCUACAAAACACCAAAGCCCUGACAAUCUCCAGAUCUCAUCCCAAAACCUGACCUUAUCGACUCUCUCGUCUGGAAAGGCCGGAACCGAGCACACAUAAAGACAACUUAGCCAACUGGGAGUCCUGCCGUAGAAGACCUCCCUGAAUCAGCUUCCAGUUGUUUUCCACGGUUUUCACCGCUAUGUCUCCUCGCGCUGCUUGCCGCACCGUCAAAUCCGCCAUGGCUCAUAUCCAGACUCGUUCGAUCUCCAGCACCACGGGACCUAGGCAUCUGUUGUCCAUCAGCGACCUCAGCCCAGCCGAGUUUACCAAGCUCGUCCUCAAUGCCUCGUCGCACAAGGCCGCCGUCAAGGCCGCCUUCGCCGCCGGCGAGCAGCCUCCGAAACCGCUCCACGGCUCCCUGAUGGGCAAGACCGUGGCCAUGAUGUUCAGUAAGCGCAGCACCAGGACCCGUGUCUCAACAGAAGCAGCCGUGCAAUUGAUGGGCGGUCACCCAAUGUUCCUGGGCAAGGACGAUAUCCAGUUGGGCGUAAACGAAUCCCUCUACGACACCUCAGUGGUAAUCUCGUCCAUGACCUCGUGCAUGGUCGCCCGUGUGGGCGCGCACAAGGAAGUCGCCGACCUGGCCUCGCACUCUUCCGUGCCCGUCAUCAACGCGCUGUCAAGCGACUUCCACCCGCUGCAGACCAUUGCCGACUUCCAGACCAUCCACGAGAGCUUCUCCCCUUCGCGCUUGCAGCCGCCCCCCUCGGAUGGGUCGAGCCUGGGGCUGGAGGGGCUCAAGGUGGCGUGGGUGGGCGACUCCAACAAUGUGCUCUUCGACCUGGCGAUCGGGUGCGUCAAGAUGGGCGUUGACAUUGCCGUCGCUUCGCCCGAAGGGUACGGCAUUCCCGAGGCGAUGAGGAAAGUGAUUCUCGCGGCCGCGGAGGGCGUCGCCACGCCCGGCAGGCUGUUUGAGACGACGGUGCCCGAGGAGGCGGUCAGGGACGCAGACAUCCUGGUGACCGACACGUGGGUGUCGAUGGGCCAGGAGGUCGAGAAGCAGAAGAGGCUGAAGGCGUUUGCCGGCUACCAGGUCACGAAUGAGCUCGCCAAGCGCGGUGGUGCCAAGCCCGAUUGGAAGUUCAUGCACUGCCUGCCGAGGCAUCCCGAGGAGGUUGAUGACGCGGUGUUUUAUGGCCCCAGGUCGCUUGUCUUCCCCGAAGCUGAGAACAGGCUUUGGGCUGCUGUUGCUGCUCUGGAGGCAUUUGUGGUCAACAAGGGCAAGAUCCUUUAAACCCGCCAUAACGUUGGCAUUUUCAGCUACAUUAUUUUAAUCAAGCAGGCGUGGUGUCAGGGUGUAAGGUACAGAAAAGUUCACUGAUACCAAAAUAGUCUUGAUUUUUUUUUUUUUUGAAAAGGAUCCGAAACAUUGAUCAGUUAUAUUGUUGUCACUCAAGAGACAAUCCCCCACUGAUACAUGAUCUCAUUCUCCAUGUCUUUCUAAUCUUCAACCACGAAGAACACAGUUUAGCCAGGGGGAAGCUGGCUGGCGUCGACAACCUCGUCGGCCUCCUUCACCGGGGUAUCCUCGUCAGGGCCAUACAGAGGAGAGCGAGGCAGAGCCAUGAGACCGGUGCGAGCCGACUCAAGGAUGCCGAAAGGCGCGAUGAGCUUGAGGAAAGAGUCUAUCCUGGAUGGCUUGGCAGAC